AAACUCGUCGACGUGCGCCUCUCUGGCGUCGGCGGACGCCAUGGACCUCGAGUUAGACUCCCUGGGCGACGCGCCGUCGCUGGAAUGGAAAAAAUCGGCCCGUCGGCGGUCGAGCACGGGCUCUCGGAAGGUUCGCCGGCGAUCGGUGCUGGGCGAGUCGACGAAUCGGCACAACAACGCCGCCGACGACGCCGAGGCCGACAGCGACGGUGACCUCUGCCACAAGACGGACCCCGAGCGCGGGGAGACGUGGUUCGCGCGGUGGGGCGAGCUCGCCGACGCGCUCCUCGCCAUCGACGACGACGUCGCGCCGGACGCGUUCCGCGGCGCGGCGCGCGAGCUGCUGCGGCGUGGCGUCGAGAUCGUCGACGCCGCGGACGCGGAGGACGCGGCGGGGCGCGACGCGCUCGUGCUCCGCUUCGUCGACGGACCGGAGGGGCGGGUCUCGCUGCCGCCGCCGUUCGACGACCCGUACUCGUUCGCGAACGACUACCUGCCGCUCUACGGCCCGCUGCGGGGGUUCCAGGUCGACGCCAUCGCGGCGCUCCACGAGCGGCGCGACGUCCUCCUCGCCGUGCGCUGCGGCGCCGGCAAGAGCCUGCCGCCGGCGAUGGUCGCGGCGGCUCGGGCCCGGGACGCGUUGGACCGCGGCGCGCAGCAGGUCUGCGUCUGGACCGCGCCGACGCAGGCGCUCGUCGCCGACAAGGUCGACGACCUCCAGGGGCGCUACGGCGAGGGCUGGCGGAACGCGGGCGGGCGCGGCGACUUCGCCGCCGCGGUCGCCGGCCUGGAGCGCGCGGGCGCGCGCGACGACGACGGCGACGUCGUCUUCGACUACGCGGACGCCGCCGCGUCGAGCUCGACGUCGGCGUCGACGGCGCGCCACCCCGUGCUGGCCGCGAUCUCGGCCAAGGCGUGCGACGUCGCCGUCCUGGUCAUGUGCCCCGAGAUGCUCGCGGAGCACGCGGCGUGGUUCGUGCUCGCGGCGCGCGCGGGCAUCAUCUCCCUCGUGGUCAUCGACGAGUGCGACGAGGAGGUCGGCAACGACGACUCGUUCCGGCGGAGCCAGGAGGCGCAGGGGCGCACGAUCCAGGCCUGCUUCGCGUUGGCCGGCGCGAAGGCGCCCGUCGUCGCCCUGUCGGGCACGCUGUCCAAGUUCGAGGUGGGCUCGCUCCUCGAGGCCCUCGGCCUGCCGCCCGCGCCGGCGACGCUCGUCAUCCGGACGGCGUCGCCGAUCAACUCCAUGGUCGACAUCCACACGGGCGACGGCGGCGGCGUCGUCGACUACGUCCGCGACGCGGACGACGGCGCCGCGCUCGUGUUCGCCUUCCGCAAGAGCGUCGUCGAGACCCUCGGCGACCACCUCGCCACGCAGUUCCCCGAGCGCGACGUCGUGAAGAUCCGGGGGAACCUCGCCAUGGAUGAGAAGCGGAGCCGGCUCCGGCGGCUCAAGGCGCCGCUCUCGGAGACGGGCUACGGCGCGGUCGGCGUCGUGAACGAGGCCGGGCACCGCGGCCUCGACCACCCGGACUUGCGCACCAUCAUCGUCAUGGAGCCGCCCUCGGGCGUGAAGUCCUGGCUCCAGCUCGUGGGCCGCGCGGCGCGCGGCGCCGGCCAGAGCGGCACGGUCGUCGUCGCGUUCCCGCGCGCCGCCCUCUUCGCCGUCGCGGGCAUCAUCGUCGACGACGCGAAGAAGCUCGCCGAGUUCACGGACCUCGUGCGCCUCUUCGAGUCCGUGCGGUUCUGCUGGCGAUCCGUCGCCGCGCACGUGCUCGGAGACGUCGCGGCGCCGCUGCUCGCGGCGCCGGUCCCGGCCUGCUGCCCGGCCUGCUCCGCGGCGCUCGAGGCGCGCGAGGCGGGCGUGCCCGCCGUCGAGGCCAUCGACGUCCCGGAGAUUCGGGCGCUGCUCCGCGAGGUGCGCGCCGCGGGCCGGCGGCGGAAGCUCCAGGCGACGUUCGUCGCGCUCGCGAGGGGCAAGCUCACGGGCUGGGGCGCGCGGUACACGGUCGACGCUCGCGGCCGCAUCAUCUGCUCGCUGCUCACGGACGGGCUCCUCCGCCUCGAACGGGCGUUCGGCGAGCGCCGCGCCGUGAAGUUCGUCGUCGACGAGGUGGCCGCCGCGCGGUGGAACCGGCGCGGCGCGUCGGCGAACGUCGUCGCCGCCCCAGCUGCCCCCGAGCCCGACCUCCUCUCCGACGACCCGCACGCGCUCCGGGCGGAGAUCGAGCACCUCCAGAAGAAGCUCGCGGCCGAGAAGACGAAGGGCCUCGCGUCGACGCACACAGAGACCUUCGACAAGGGCGUCCGGGAAUGCGACAUCCUCUUCGGCAAGGAGCUGGAGUCCCUGUUGUCUGGCGCGCUCGGCGACGAGCGCCUGCUCGAGAACGCGUUCAAGAUGCUGAGGAAGUUCAAGGGCACGAAGCUGGCCUUGCUCGCGGCCGGCGCGCCGUCGACGCUCCUGGAGAAGGCGACCGGGUCCUACGAGUUCUGGGCGGCCAAGGCAGGGAGGAUUGGGCGGAAGGACAUGAAGGCCAAGAUAGGGACGCUGCACGUCAUGUGGCUGGGUGCCACGGCGUCGGCGGCGAAGUGCCCGAACUUCCUGCUCUGGUGGGGCCUGGUCCAGGCGGCCAAGGGGGCGACGAACGUGGAGCUCGAGGAGAUGGCCAUGCUGCGGAUAGUAGCGGACCGGAAGAUCGUCCGUGCCUUUGAAUCUGAAUACGCGUCAAUAUGCUCGGAGAACACGGCGCUCUGGGCGCGCGGGCUCGCGGCGGACGGCGCCUCGACGCUCGUCGACAACGCCUGCGUCACGGCGCGCGCCAAAUUCGGCGGGAGCGACCGCUCCUCGGCGUCGAUGACGCACUUCACGGUGCGGGUGCUGCUGCGCAUCCAGCUCGCGGCCGCCGGCGGCCUCUACGACGACGCCAUGCCCAAGUUCGUCUGCGUGCAGCGCGACGCCUACGGCCUCUACGGCCACACCUUCGCGAGCCUGGUCACCGGCGCGAGAAGCGCCAAGGACUACGGCCGCGUCUUCAUGCCCUUCGAGCGCGACGGCCAGCGCGUCGAGAUCGAGUUCCGCCCCGUCGAGACGCUCUCGAAGCUCAUGCGCGACGUGCCCGACCUCGCCUUCCCGUCGCGCCUCGUCGCGCUGGAUUUCCCGCUCACGGUCGGCGACCUCGACCCGGACGCCCUCCUCGCCGCGUCCGGCGCCGCCCGCGGGCGCCGGGCGAGCACGCACGACGCCGCGCGCGCGCUCUUCGUCUACGGCCUCGCGGACUGCCUCGCGACGCUCGAGAACAUGGACAUGCUUCCCGUGAUCCGCGGCUCGCGGCUGCUCCCCAAGGGCGUCAAGUUGGAGGCGAUCGCGACGCUCGACAAGCUCAUGCGCCACUCCAUCGACAAGGUCACGCCGGGCCACAAGGAGGCGACGGAGAUCAAGGUCCUCCCCGCGAGCCAGCACAACGAGCUCACGACCGACGGCGCGGCGCGGAUCUUCAUGGACCUCCUGCCCAUCCAGACGCCGGCCUCCUUCGGCAUCAGCGACGGCGUCGACCGGGGCAAGAAGCAGAUCGACACGCUCAAGGACCGCGCCGCGGCCCGGCGCGUCGCCGGCGCGGCCAAGGUGCAGCUCGCGGUCGACGCGAAGUCGAAGGGCAUCGCGGCGGCGAACAAAGCCAAGGAGGCGAAGAAGCGCAAGUCGCCCGUGCCCGCGGCCGCGCUCACGCCCGUGCCCGUGCCCGUGCUCGUGCAGUCCGACGCCGUGUCGCCGACGAUCGGCGGCCGGCUCACGCGCCAGUGGACGCGGGCCGUCGCCGCCGCGUCGCCGCGGCCCGCGCCGACGCCCUCGACGACGGCGACGCCUUCGACGACGGCGACCCCGGCGACGCCUUCGACCGCCGCGACCGCCGCGACCCCGGCGGCGACGGCGACGACGGCGACCCCGGCGACGACGGCGACCGCGGCGACCGCGGCGACGCCCUCGAGCUCGACGCCGGACGGGCCGGCCGACGAGGCCGUGUUCCUGAGGCUGCUGCGCGACGAGGGCCUGAGCGACUGCGCCCUGAUCAGCCCCGCGACGUCGAAGGGCCUCGUGAUGACAUGCUCGGACGGGCUCACGGUGUCGCGGUACGAGAGCGCGUUGGCCAAGCUCCGCGACGCGGUCAUCGACGGCGCCGGCUCCAAGGAGGAGGCGAACAUCGUCCUGAAGCAGCUCAGCCUGUUCCUCACGUGCAACGUCGUCGAGCACGACCGCUUGCACGCCGUGUUCCACCUCACGCACCUCACGCUGAAACACGGCUUCGAGCACCUGGGCCGGGCCGUGGCCCGCGCGCGCGGCCUCACCGGCGUCACGACGUCGUCCGCGGAGGCGGGGCAGAACGUGCGCAAGAAGGUCCACCACGAGCGGAUCCAGUGCCUGGCCGCCGUGAAGGAGCUCGUGUCCGCGAUGCUCCGCGACGACGCCUUCCGCUCCCGCGUCGACGCGCUCCCCGUCGAGGGCGGCACCAUCAAGCAGGCCGACUUCGUCGCGCUCCUCGUGGCCUUCCUCACGAGCGGCGACGGCGGGAGCGAGUUCGAGUGCGUCCGCGACCACGCGCUCCUGGCCAUGAACUUGCACGCGUUCAAGACGUCGCUCCAGUGGCGCCACUGGCUCUUCGCGAACGUCGCGGAGACGAUCUCCACGCCGGCCAUGCUGGCCAACAACAAGCCCAACUACGGCAUCCUCUUCCUCGAGCUCCCCUUCCUCUCGCGCAUGCGGUCGCUCGCGCAGUCCCUGGGCUUCUGGCGCUCGGCGAUGACGGUGACGACCCGCGGCGUCGAGAAGUCGGGCAAGCCCAGCGGCGAGGUCCACGAGGGCAUCGUGCAGGCCUCCCAGCAGCGGCUCGGCAGCCAGAAUUUCGGCUCCACGACGCGGCUCCACGAAGGCCGCGCGGAGACGAACCGCGGGCUCACGGGCUCCGCCGCCGGCGACUUCGCCAAGAUGAAGGCGGCCACGGCCGUCGCGGGCCUCGGCGCCGCCGUGCUCCACGGCUACCACCGCUCCCUCGAGCUGCGGCGCGAGAGGCGCCGCGACUUCGGCGGCGUCGCCGUGAAGAAGGAGGUCGCGGCCGUGGCCGCGCUCUUCCGCGACGCGCGGUCCUGCGAGCGGCGCCCGGACCGCGCGGCCCUGCUCUCGCACCUCGAGAUGACGCAGUCGUCCUACGGCGUGGCGCUGGGCGGCGACAAGCUCGCCGUCGCGCUGGCCUCGCUCCGCUUCGAGCCGUCGAACCGCGCCACGACGUCGGGGCAGCCGCGCUUCGUGUCGACGUGCGUCGCCGCGCUCUCGUUGAACGUCGCGCCGGACGCCGUGCUCGUCGCCGCGGAGGUCAAGACGUCCGGCGCGACGUCGCCGACGUUCAUGCUCUUCGAGCCCAUCGACGAGCCCGCGACGCUCGCGGACAUCCUCGGCGGCGCCGACGAUCCGCGGGCGCGCCCCGAGGAGCUGCGGCUCCUGGUCUACGCGCCGGCGGGCCCGCCGAAGCCCUUGAAGAGCAGCAACCUCCACGUGAACGUGCGCGGCGACGGCGGCCCCAUGAGCGCCUGGGAGUUGCAGCUCGCGCGGAGCCUCUCCACGGACACGAGCUCUCGAGCCGACCGCCUCGAAGCCGACGACGAGGACCCGGACGGCUACGGCGCGCCCUGCGCGAGCCCCCUGGACCACGUGGCCGUGAGCCCGCCGGCGCCGGUCACGCAGCGGCCCGUGGGCACCGCCUUCCAGCUCGAGCUCGCGCGCGACUCGUGCGAGCCGCCGCCGACGGCCUUGGCGACGCGCCGCGCCGCGCGCCGGGCCGGUUCCGACGCGCACCUGGCCAAGGCGUUGGGCAUGGCGCAAGAGGGGCCGAACGCGCUGCUCGUCGCCGCGAGCGCCGCGAUCUCGGACGCGACGGCUCCCGCCGCGUCCGGCGCCGGCGACGAGACCGAUCGGGCGACGAUGCGGCGCGCGGAGACCCUGCUCCGGCGCCAGAAGAGCGCGCUCGUGGCCGAGCGCGACGGCGCGGCGGCCGAGCACGCGCACCUCUGCCAGGAGAAGGUCCGGGUCCUGAAAUCCAGCACCGCGAAGAUGCAGGACCUGAAGGCCACGAUCAAGCAGUGCAACGCCGCGCUGCGCAAGAACCAGAAGGACAGCAACGUUGUCCAAGCCCGGCGCAAGGCGGCCGAGCUCCAGGACCGGCUGCGCGCCGCCACCGCCGCGGAGCCCGAGGCCGACGGCGCCGUGGAGCGCGACCCCGACGACGAGAUCCGCAUCACGGACGGCGAGCCCGUCUUCUCCGACGCCGACGACAGCGACGGCGACUUCGACGACGCCUAG